AUGAGUGACCUCUAUGCGCACCGCGAAGAGCAAAACAAUCAGAAAUUCGAACAGCUAGCUCAAACCUUGAGUCAGUUUCGUAAUACUGUGAACCGCGAUAUUCACGACUCUAUACAGCAAGAGAAUGGUCUACUUAAUCAAUUAAGUGAUAAUUUUUCAAAUUUGAUGCAACAAGUGAAAAGAACACUGGGUAAUUUGACCACAGUAAUGAAUCGAAAUAGCAGCCUUACAAGAAUCGUGGGGCUUAUCUUAUUAGGAUUCUUUGUCAUUUGGAUGCUAUUUAAAUUGUAUUAA